CUCCCAGAAUGCCACAGCAGUGGGUCUCAAACGCCAUUAUUUCUGUACUGUAAGAAAAGUCGAAGCAAACUGUGGCAGGGAAAAAAGGGAGACGAUGGAGCAAAUCUGAGGCCGUUUUUGGACGCAGAAUGCCAAAUAAUGCCAUGAUUAUCAGUAAUAGUAGUAAUAACGGUCCAAAACACACUGCGGAAAUAACGACCCAGUCUGAGGCGGCUUUCACAGCCCUGGCUCAGUGCUAAGGAAUCCUGGGAAUUGUAGUCCAUUGUGGCCCCAGAGAAGGCUAAGUGUCUCACAAAACUACAGUUCCCAGGUGCUGGAAGUGUCAGGGGACAGGCUCUUGGAGAACGAUUAACGGCCUCGUUAGGGAGAGGAUUGGCAGCAGAUGAGCAUUGAAGCCAGGAACUUCUUGACUGGAGAUGUUUGGAGACCAGAUCGAAAGAACACUUGGGAAACGUUUUCAUUCUCUUUAUAGGACUGCAAUCGCCAGAGCCUUGUGGGCACAAAAUGGGGGGCCAAAGAAAUCCCAGGUAAAGGAGGUCCAAAAACAUCCAGCUGUUGGCCAUAGAGCAAAUCCAGUCGCAUCCAAACCAUGGUACCUUCCUCUCUUGGGCCUCUCCUUCCCGGCUCCUUAAUGUCUCCAGAGCCACUUCGAAGCCGUCUAAGUCAGUAGCUGCCACUGAAUUGUACAACAGCGUUUGCCACGAAUUGUAUGAAGAAGAAGAAUCGUACUGUUUUGUUUACAUCGCUAACAUUUUUGUGUUCUUCCACAAAAGAGAUGUGUAAAUACAGCUUGAGCCUCCCUUGCCAGAAAUGCUUGGGACCAGAGGUGUUUGGGGAUUUGGGGGAUGUUUUAUUUUAUUUCGUUCUGUUUUUAUUUUGGGGUUUUGGAAUACCUGCAUUUGCAGAAACCUCUUGGAGAUGGGACCCAACUCAGAGCACAAGAUUCAUUGACAGUUCACAUACGCCUUUUACACAACGCCUGGAGGUACACUGAACCGUCAGGAAGCGAAGGAGUCUCUGUCGCAGCCACCCAUGAAAUAGAAAGGUUUGGGGUUUUGGAAUAUUCCAGAUUUCAGAAGUCCAGCUAAAGGAGACUCAGCUUCUACAAUCAAAGUAAUUGAAUCUCCUGGAUAAGGAGAACUAAGAAUGAUGAUAUCUUGCAUUUCCACGCACUGCGAUCUGAUUGGAGAUGGCGCUAAAACGUUUAUUAUCCUACUCUCCGCUUUACUCCAAGGGCUCGAAAAACUUGGCGAAAAAAGUAGUGCCUCCUUUUGUGAGAAUAUCCAAAGAAGAGAUAAAUACAAGGAAAAAUGUUACAGAAUGAAGCAAAUUUCUCGGUCUCUUUCCGUGAUCCAAGCAGACAUCCUGGACCACAUAGUGACUCAGGAACUUGGAAAGCAUUGUCUAACUGUCUUUUCUGUUUCUGAUACAGAAAUAAAUAGGAGGACAUUGGGGUUGGUACUAGAACCCUAUUUCGGUGGAAAAGUAGGAUAUAAUAGGCAGAAAUUUCUUAGCCAGUUGGCCUGUGACUUCUUCUUCAAAAUUACAGCUGAUAAAGAUAGGAAAGAAGUACUGCCUUUGAUAGAUGAAUAUUUUCCUGAGCUGCAUACUUCUGUGGCAGGGCUGCCUGUUUCAAGUUCACAGAUCCUAGAUGGUCUUGUUCUUCCUAGAGACUUUGCUGUAUACUGUCCUGCAGACGGUGACAGAAAGGUUAUCGUAAUAACGGAGCCUAUCCACUCUACUUUUUCUGAGUUGGGUGUAGAAGUUGCCAUAAACGGUGAAAAUCAAUACAAGGUAUCUGAACUCUGGAUUAUGAAAAGGACAGAAGCGCUAAUGAAGCACAUGCAGGACAACAGCAUCAGAAUACUAUUGUCAAGUGUAAAACAACAGGAGACUGUUCAUUACUGUGCAAAAAACAGUGGCAUGUGUAUUGUAGAAUGUCUGUCAGCAGAGGAAAUCUCCCUUAUAUGCAGAAUCACCAACAUUUCCCCGUUUAGGCCAUCUCUAGGCAAUAUUUGCAAUGAAAUCACUGAAACUGCAGUAGCAAACUUUUGCCAGCCAUUACAGAUUGGUACCAAAAGAUUUGUUCACAUUAACUUUGCAAGAACUUGUGCCCUUCGGCCCUGUAGUGUGAUUUUCUGUGGACCAGUACAUGGGCUUACUGAGCAGCAUGCUUGUGCUUUUCACGGAGCAUUCAAAAUGCUACAACAUAUGUUUACAGCCAUCCAUCCGACGGAGCAUGGUAAUUCAAAACCUCACAAUCAAAAUCUUUCAAACGCUGUGGAUAAUCAUCAGCAGAGCCCAGCUGUGCAGCAGCACUUUGUGGAAAUGCACAGUGAUUGCGGUAAUGAUAAAGCCAUCACCAAGGAACUGGAGCCUUGUGAGCUAAAAAUGGAAACGCUUUCUGAAAAUGAAGAUGGCUUACUGACAUUGUCCCAAAACUGCAAAUGUCCAAAAGAAAUGUUGCGAGUGGCUGAGAAUGAAUUUCUGGAAGAUGACCAGCUUAUUUAUACCCAAGUAAAGGAAAGGAUCAACUUGAGUAAUGUACCUGGGCAACUGUUCAUUGAAGAAAGUUGUACCAGCAGCCCAGGUUAUGAUGUUUCAUUUAGAUGUGAAGUGAAUAAUAAAAGUUAUAUUCAGAGUAACUCUUAUGUAAAGACGGGAUCGAUUGUGCCAGUAGGCGGAGUCUUUGAAAUCCUAUUGCAUUAUUAUUUGUCUUGCUAUGCAAAGGAUUGCCAUUCACCAAAGAUGAUAGCUGAGCUUUGUACUCUGAUUGCUGAUGUAUUGCUCAUUGUUCCAAAAACACUCUGUAGGACACAGAAGAGGAGUGCUUUCCCUCAGCUCUGUCUUGAAGUCACCACUGCCCUCAGGAAUAACCAGCAGCUUCUGCCAAAUCAAAAAUACUUAGAAUCAGUCUCCUGUAAAUAUCAGUUAAUAGUUUCUGUUCUUCAUUGUGCAGCUGCACUCCUUAGCAUUGAUCUGAUUAUUGGCAUUAAAAGGUUACCUCAAAAGCCUGAAGAGAGUAACUCAGACACUGACACGUAAAGGUGGGCUUCUUAUAGGCAAGUCAUCCAUGUAUGCUUAAUGAUUGCUAGGGCUAGGCAUUGUAACUAGAUUUUUCUUGGUCCUGAAUUAUUGCAGUAUAUUUCUUGAGUUUUCUUGGAUUUCCCAAAAUUUCUUACUAAAAAUUAGAUGUAAAUUUAAAUAAGAAAAUGUAAGGCACUGAGACUGCAACUCUUUGCUUACCAGGCCCUUGAGCUCAACAAGACUUAUUCUUGAGUAUAAAUGUAUAGGAUUGAACUGUAAGAGGUACUUUGACUUUUUGCUGUUUUUUUUUAAAAAGUUCUUAAGUGUUGCAUAUUAGCCUCUUAUACUAAAGCUGGACUACACAGAGUCUGCCUGGUUAAGACACAUUUCAUACAAGAAGAAUCUCAUCACAUGAGAGCUCAGUUCUUGAGAUUUCUAGAAGCUCCACAACGAAGAGGGGGGGAAGGCUGAAGGGGAUAGACAUCACAGAAAUAUGACUAUAUGUACCUUCUUCUCAGUGGCUUUCAACUCUUAGCAAAAGUAGUUACUAGGAAGAGAAGGGGCUACAUCUAGAGCAGAGGCAGGAAUUCUCAGGACCAAAGCAGAUGGCCUGGAAGAAGUGGCCUCUGGCUGCUCCAGCCGGACCAAUUCCACAGCAACCGCAUGGCCUGUUCCUGUAGCGGGCGGCCUGCAUGGUCUCAAACCGGCAGCCAGCUCUUGCCAGCUUGGUGCGGCACCAGUUCAGCUUCCAGCCGCUUUGGGGCGUAAAUCAUCUAAACACCACACUCCCAAAGCGGCCGGAAGCCACUUUAUUUGGCCCAUCUGUUUCAGGCCACAGGCUCAGGACUCAUUUCUCUGAGGAACCCAUGUGUGCUUUUGGCUUUUCCAUGCUGCAAAGUUUAAUCUACAAAAUAUAACUUUGCUCACUGGUAAAUAACUGUUUUUAUUUGUUUAUUUAUUGUUCAUAAAUAAAAUCCUGCUUGAAG